GCGCUGACGUUCAAGGCCGCUUUUCACAAUCCGUAGGCGUUCACCGGCGGGUCAGUUGUGUAAACGGCUUUCUUCCCGGCUGCUGUCCUCAGAUCCAGAAGAGACGAGCUACCGGACACAUGGACAAAGCGGUGAUCCUCCUGGCACUGCUGGGCAUCGCGCACCUCGCGUGUGCAUCUUGGCAAGAGCCGGGUCAGCACGGCAUUGCGAAGGUGCCCCACUGCAUCGGGGUCACGUCAGAUGGGCCAUGCCCUUUGAACUACGCGCCGGUCUGUGGCUCAGAUGGGAACGAGUAUGCCAAUGAGUGCCAGCUUUGUGCCCAGCGACUAAGAACCCGAAAAGAGAUCCUGAUCGCACGGGAUGGCCCCUGCUGAAGAGAGCUCACCGACCCCCGAAUCUGCCGUCUUAAUAAAGAGACCUGAAGCAUG